CCUGCGCCUCUCGGAGCUCAUCUCCAACCCGCUGAGUCCCGUUUUUCACCGGGACACCGACCUUCUGUCAGACUGAAGCGCCUGUCCCGUUUGGUUUUCCUGAAGACUGGAUCCGGAGGACUGGUGUCGGAUGGAUUCCUUCUUUGCCUUUGCUGGGUAAAAGUUGGCCCCGUUUAUUGGACGGACUGGGGUUCGGACUGGGUUGGGAAUACGGGAGAAGAGCUCAGCUGGACUGAUUUUAUGCCGAUGCGCCUGGAGCGACCUGUGGAUCAGCGGGAAUACCGGGAAAGCAACGCCGCUGGGGGUUCAUGGUUCCGGUCCGCUUCGGCUCCGAGGUUUCUGCUUCCUUUGAUAUCCUCACACCAUGCCUGAGGGGUCACGGCGUGGCAGUCAGAGAUCGCCCAGUAACUCAGCCGCCAAGCGUCCCUCCUCAGUCUCGUCUCUGAGUGGGAUUGUAGGUAGGAUGAUGUCAACUGGCGAGCGAGGAGCGUCUUCGUCCUCCUGUACCUCUGUCAACACUGUCUGUUCGGACAACGAGCGUCCAGUCUCCCUCUCCCUCUCCUCCUCCACCUCUUUGGUUUCUCUACAGGAUGCCUCCCACUCCUCCUCCUCUUCUUCCUGCUCCUCCUCACUUCCAUAUGGCGCCGUGCCAGCCUACAACGCCUCUUUGCCGUCAUCAUCAUCCUCCACCCCAAAACGGAACAGCUCUGACAUCAGCCUGGACCUUACGCCACUCGUAACCCCGCACAGUGGAGCACCUCCUAUAGAGGGAGGAGGGGUUGCCAAGGUGACAGCAGCAGGCCACACCCAUAAUGGACAUAUAGCCAAUCCGGUGGCAGCAAUGUCCACAGGGGCCACACCCAGGAAACUGUCAAGGCUGGAGAGAGUCAUUCUGGAGAUUGUAGAGACAGAACAGACCUACGUCAGAGAUUUAAAAAGCAUCGUGGAGGACUACCUGGGCUGCAUCAUCGACUGCGGCACUCUGCCGCUGAAACCGGAGCAGGUCAGCACGUUGUUCUGCAACAUCGAGGACAUCUACGAGUUCAACAGUGAUCUGCUGGAGGAUUUGGAGCGGAGUCCUGACGCAGCUGCCAUCGCAGAGUGCUUCGUGGAGCGGAGUGAAGCCUUUGACAUUUAUACGCUGUACUGCAUGAACUACCCAAACUCAGUGGCGGUCCUGAGGGACUGCAUGAAGAACAGAAGUCUGGUUCGUUUCUUCCUGGAGAGACAGACGACUCUGAAUCACUCGUUACCUCUGGAGACGUACCUGCUGAAACCGGUGCAGAGGAUCCUUAAAUACCACCUGCUCCUACAGGAACUUUCCAAGCACAUUGAUAAGAGCGACCCUGGGUAUGAGGUGGUGGAGGACGCCAUCAUCACCAUGACAGCGGUGGCCUGGUACAUCAACGACAUGAAGAGGAAACAGGAGCACGCAGUGCGGCUACAGGAAAUCGAGUCUCUGCUGCUGAACUGGAGCGGGCCGGACCUCAGUGGCUUCGGAGAGCUGGUUCUGGAGGGUUCCUUCAAGGUCCUCAGAGUGAAGAAAGAGAGAGCGUUCUUCCUGUUUGACAAGAUGCUGCUGAUCGCCAAGAAGAGGCUGGAGCAGUUCAUCUACAGCACCCACAUAUUUUGCUGUAACCUGCAGCUGGUGGAGACCCUGAAGGACCCGCUCUGCUUCAAGGUGUCAGACCAGACGAUUCCCAAGCAGCAGCACAUUGUUCAGACGAAGAACCAGGAGGAGAAGCGACUGUGGGUGCACUACCUGAAGAGGCUGAUAGUAGAGAACCAUCCAGCUUCACUUCCACAGAAGGCGAGGCAGGUCCUCGGAGACAACUUCUGCCAGACUCCUCAGUUCGACCAGGAGAACCCGAAGAAGUCAUGUGCUUCGCCACGUCUAGACGACCUUCACAGUUUUCGUCGAGGCCGACGUCAGUCAGAACCUCCAGAGCUGUACACGCCAGAGAAGUCCAGGAAGACUCUGCCGCUGCUGCUGGAGGGAACGCUGCCAUAUAGACGCACCAGGAGGCAGUCAGCUCCAGCUAAAGACAUCGAAGCAGCACUCCAUCCUGGAGCCCUGAAGCAGGCGGGCAGCGAGGGCGAGCUUUGUCCUCCAGAUGGUCUGGGCUCUGCAGGCAGCAGCAGUACUCUCGCUUCCUCGGUUAUCGAGGUGGAGACUGAGCGGGCCGAACCGAGGAUGGACCUGCAGCUGGGAUCAAACCAGCAGGGAGAGGAGGAAGAGGAGUUGACCACCCUUAGAGCUCCUCCUACUUUGUCCAUCACAGAGGAGAUCCUGGAGUUCAUCAACCAGAGCAGAGUCAGGGAGGGACUCGCCACCAUGGACCCAAUCCAGGAUCUUCCCAGUGUGGCUGACACGCCAGGAAACCCGACCUGCUUCACCUGCCCCCUGCCCCCCAUUGCCUCCAGCCCAGACCAAAGCCUACUGUUUGAACAUGACCAGGAAGGAAAAGAAGUGAAGAACCCCAUGAACGUCCAGGAUCCACCCAGUGAAAGUGAGAGGGCUACAGAGGAUGUUCAGGAAAUUCCAGAUGUUACUGGUGAGAUGGAGGAGAUGGCAGAAGGCAACGUGGAGGAAACAGAUAAGAGAGGAAAAGCAAGCGAUGACGAAGCUGAACAUACUCUUGAAAUAACCCCAUCAUCAGAUCUUCAGCUCUCCGUCUCUGUAGAAGAAAAAACUGACAUCUGCACUGAGUUACAAGAGUUGGACACAGAAUCCACCGUAUCUCCCCAAAGUCCAGAUCUCCCUCAUCAACCCAUCCAGAGGUUCCAGCUACCCAAAAAAGGCUCCAACCUUACCAAGAAGGACAAGAAGAUCAUCGAAAAGAUCAGGAGUUAUUACGAAGCAGCUGCAGAGGCUGAUGAUGAUGAAGCAGAGGAUGAAGGAGAAGCGAGAGGGGGAGUAAUAUUGAGAAGAAGAAGCAGCUUCUCACACAUCCCCACCGGCUUGGUGAAGGAAUCUGUGUCACGUUUCAGUGUGAACGGACACCAGGGAGAGGUGGUAAGCACAAACUCCAAGCAUGGAGACGGAGAGACAGAUGAAGAUUCCAGAUCCUGUUCCUCCUCUGGUCCUGCUACACGUCCAGCCGAUGGAGAAGCAGACGAGCCACUGAGCUCCUCAGAGGUUUAUCCAGAGAAUCCAGCUGAGUCUACAAUCUCUGAUGAGAUGAAAGACCAACUGUCUUCAACCAAAGACAUCCCAGAGUCAGAUCCCAAAACAUUUCCCGAAGUAGAAACUGAGAUCCUGGAUAAAAGUUGGAACAUCUACAAAGGUAUUCAAGAGGAAAACCUGGAGGAACCAGAAGAUGGAAAGACUGUUGAUGCGAUGUCCAUAGAGGAAGAAACUUUGUGUCUUUCUGAAUGUCCUGAAAACAAAGAAGAAGAGAGAAACUGUGCUGUAGAUGACACCAAUGAGCCUGGACCGACCAGGAGCCAGACAGAACCCUACGUGCAUGGGCCAGAACAGGAACAACACCAAAAACCCAAACAGACCGAAACCCAAUCCACCUGGUCCAUAACCAAAACCAGGGAACAGGCGAACACCAAGGAGAACCUGGAGAGUUUCCCCAGUCAAAGUAAAGUGGGUCGAUGGUCUCGCCACUCCAGGAUCGUUACUGCCAACCGAGCGCUGUUUGAGGGGAGGGGGUCCGACGUCACUGGUAUCGACUUGUUUGAGGUGAACCCGGUGGUGGACCCCGUCCUUAUAGAGAAUUCUGAGCGUAUUCUAAGCAAGGUCCAAACCCUGGCCCGAAUGUACAGCGCCAAAGCCAGCACCAUGAAGGUGCCACUGCAUCAUAAACGGGCCAGCACCAUCAGAACCCAAGCAUGGGUCUCAGCAAGGAUGUCUGGACAUUCUACUCAGAACCGAGACAAAAGUCCAUCACAGAAAGAAAAGGAGACGGGAUCCGCAGCCCACACCCGUUCCGAGACCAAAACAAACCACCAGGCCUGCAAACAAACCAGCCAGAACCAGGCCCAAACUAUGAUCCAGGAAAAGCAAAGGAUUCAGGAAGGAAGUCCAGAAAGUCACACAGAUGAUUCACAGGCAAAAGGGCCUUGUAAGCCUCAGCCGCUGGGUCAUGUGACCCCCACUUGUGAUCAACAGACCGAUGGAUUCACUCUUUCCAGGCCCAAAGACUUUAUCUGUGCCCUGACCAAACCCUCCAGCACACCAGGAGAAACUCCAUCUUCUCCGAACCUGGCCUACAGCAACGACACCGCUGUGUCCUCCACAUCUUCUGGACCUUCUCACCGCCCCAGAACCCAGCCUGAAGAUCAGGGAUCCAAACGGACCUGCUCCAUCCCCUCAGUGUCGACUGCAGCUCUGGAUGGUGGAUGUUCAGAGUUCAGGGACCUUCCUGCAGAAAAACAUGAAGAUGUUCCUGUUUAUUCUGAGUCUAAAGUGGAGCAGGGAAAAGAUGGCAGGCUCGAGCAAGAUGAAGGACGCUGUGUUUACUCAGCUAGAGGAGACUGGACAUCAGAAAACUUCUCCAUUCAGCCGGCUUACUCUGAGGCCUGCAUAACGCAGACCAAAGCUUCCAGCAAGAGAAGUGAUGCAGACGGACACGAGCGAGAUGUAGCAGUUGCACGAUAUAAACAUGAUGACAUGGGACAAAAUGAGGACCAGGAGGUCUUAGAGACAGACCAGAGUCUUUGUUCAGGAUCUGGAUCCUCCACUGGGUUAGUUCACACUCCAUCACAGUCUAGAAUAGCCUGGGUGUCUCAUCCAGGACUGGACGAAGAACCCUCCCAAAGAGAAACAUGGGCAGAGGAAGUGACCGGAUCAGUGGGGUCCACUAGGGGGCAGAAGAUAGUUGAACCUUCAAGAGCAAAUGAAGACAGUUCUGCAGAUAUCUGUGCAUCAAGAGAACAUUUCAUUCUACCUUCAGACUCAAUAAGCGUGAACCUGAUGAACGAUACAACUAUCAAGGAGACCUUUAAGUAUCUUCAGAAAGACGAAGCCUCAUCCAGUUCAUCUGUUUUAAGAUUCACUCCAACGUCUGAAGACUCGCUGCCAACGUUCACCAACCAGAGGCCAACGGACCUGCUGGCUGGCGUCAAACGGGCUUCAUCAGUGCCCUGGACCAUCAGCAGCACACCUGAGACUGGCCACAGGAAGCCAGAUGAGCCGGUCUCAGGAUUGCCCCUCAGGAUUUCAAGCCCUGUCCUUUCAGUCUUCAGCCCCAGCCUCAUCCAUCGGUCCCCUUCUCCUCUAAGAUCUGCCACCACCUCCUCAGUCCAAGCACCUCCCUGUUCCUCACCAUUCAGGGUCAUCCCAGUAUCCUGUUCAACUGCAGUAUCUCCUACAGAAUUUACCUCAGCUCUGUCCUGUUUAUCCUCUACUCCCUCUACUGUUUCCUCUGGAAGAACCCCAACUCCAUCCGUUCUUUUAUCUGAAGACUCUUCAUUAUCAAGAGGACCUUCUUCCUCCCCCACGCCUCCAUCCAACUUACAUUCUUCCACAUGUUCGUCCCCUUCCUCCUCUGCUUUUACCAGAUCUUUAGCUGCCUCCCACAUCAGCCAGUCUAUCAGUCAGAGCAUGGCUAAAAACAACAUGGCACGACAACAAGCACCGACCAUAACACUGGUGAAUCAAAGUUCCUCCUCCACUUCAUCUAUGCGACAACGCACCCCUUCGCCAAACCCUCCUCCAGCUUUGCAAGGCACGGGCACACCUGCCUAUGCCCAGUUGGGGUGCAUUAAAAAUGGGUAUCAACAUCCGAGAUGUCCCUCGUCCUCUCUUCGAUCCUCAUGUCUGUCUCCAUCUUCUCUGUCUCAGUGCCCUCCCUCUCCUUCUGCAGGCCUUCGUCAGCCUCAUUGCUCUUCCUCCUCCUCAACUUCACCUUGCUCCUCCUUCCUUCACUCCAAAACUGAUUUACCACAUCUUGGCAACAAAAACACCAACAACAACAACACUGCUGGUUUGUCCAUAGGUAGUGCGUAUGUUGGUGGUGCUGUUAGUAACAGAGGCUGCUCGGGGGCUGAAGGCAGCACAGAAACCCACCAGAGUCACUAUCCACUGUGGUCUGGAUCUCAUAACCGUGUAGCGCAGCCAUUUUCUGCAUCUGAGCCCAGCUCACGAGUUCAUUCUCCGACUCCCUCCCCAACUCCAGCAUUGUUUGUCCGCCUCGGCUCCCCACCACAGCAUAAUUACUCCUCCAUGGCAAACAAACCCCCCCACCCUCGUAGUUCACGGGUAGGAGGUUCCCACAAUUACCUGGCUCUUCAUUUGGACCUAACUAGGGCUUCCUCUGAAGGUUCCACUUUUGAUGAUUCCUCUGCAUGUGUGAGCCCUCAGAUACUCUCCCCUCCUCCUAUCGGUGUGCCAGUUUGGACAAAUAAUGUAGCAGCACCUCAACCCAGGAACCCUCGAUAUUCAACUUCCCCUUCUUUAUUUUCGUCCACUUUAGGCUCUCAAACACACAGGAUGUCUUCUUCCACCUCAGGACGGACAUCCAUUUCAGGAUCCUCCCCUCUUCCCUCCCAAACCGUCCAUUGGCCCCUUUCUGCCAGCCUGGCAGACAGACCUUUAAGUCCACCGCGGACCAACGGGACCGGACUGCGUCGUUCUUGGGUGGAUCUCGGCCAAAGAUCCCUCGGGUUCCUUGGUAACGUCCGAGGAUCCUUUGAACAGCUGGAGUCCUGUCCGAUUAGUCCAAGCAGUGGGUGGUCCUCCCACAGCAGCUCCCCGUCCUGCCUUAGCCCUCGAGCCUGUCUGCAGUCCCCACUCUCUCCCAACAGGUUUACCCCAGGUAAGGGCGCCAUUAGCGGGCAACAUUUCACCAGUGUACCUUGGCCAGAUGUCCAAGAGCUGUCAACCAAAUACAACGGAACCGACAGUCCAGAAACAAGCGUGACUCCCACUGCUCCUUUGUCUCCAGUACACCGUAUCUCCUCCCUAGGUCCAACAGACAGCCAGUCUGAGUGGGUGGGUCCAGAACUGGAGGAGGGAACCUGUCGCAAUCAGCUUAUCUGCGCUUAUGUUGCCCGGCCCUCUCACCAACAAAAUGUCUCCUCCUCCUCAUGCCUGAUCUUAUCCCCCACAGGUUUGACCUCCUCUUCACCUGAAUUACACCAGCAGUACAACCUCCACGCCCAGAGUGAACCUCAGGUCACCACCUCACCCCCUGCAUCCGCAGUGCCCUCUUCUUCACCACUGGGAUCAUCCCCUUUGUCCAAACAGGGGAACCAAAAGGCCAGUUACGCCACAACGGUGAACCUCCAGAUCGCUGGAAGUGGGCGAAUAACCUCGUUCAGCACCGCCCAAGUUAGCCUGACUCAAACCCUGCAGGCUGGAGCUGGUCCUCCAGGGAGCCAGGAGCAGUUGGCAAGGAGAGUGAGCAUCAACGGACUCUCACCUGUUCCUCAAAGGUGCAACAGGCUGUGAAGGGAAGAACGGUGGCCGUGGAUCCAUUUCUGACAAGAACAAGCAGGCAAACAGGACAGAAAACACAAGGUUUUGGAAAAAGUGCACUUACCCAAACAGCUGCUGGUCCAAACCGUCUGGACCUGGUCCUGCUCUGGACUUCAAAACGUCUACGGGUCCACAAACAAAAAAGCAUGGUGCAAUUUGACUUAAAUCAGAUCAAACCUGAUGAAAGUCAGACAUUUGAUGCAGACUUUGAGAUUUCCAGGAUUCUGAAUUAUUACAACAUUUUGGAUGAUAAAAACCUUUAAAGUAUUUUACUUGCACAUGGAUCACGUAGCUUUUGGACUUUUGGGAUCCAAAAACAAUCCAGAUAAUGUAAGAAAUAAAAAGACAACCCGAAACUGGACAUGAACAGUUUGAAAGUUGAUUUUGUGCAGAUAUUCUGGAGGUUAAAAAGCUCUUUAGCUCAUGUUAGAGAGCAGGAGGACCUCUGAUAUGCGGACCUGUUGAAGGUCAAGUGUGAAACCACAGUUUUGUGAUGUUUUAUCGAGGCCAGAGUUUAUUAUGUGUUCUGUAAUAAUCUGCAUCUGUUUAUUCAUCUUAUUUUAGUUUUAUUUAUGAAGUUAGUCUCAUCUUUUUUUGGCACUUAAUCUCCUUAAAGUCAUGUUGGUGUUUUUGCACAGCGUCCUCAGUUACACGCUUCAGUUUCCUGGAAUGACGUGUCUGCAGGUUCUCAGAGAACUUCAUACCAAACCUAUCGCUGUUUCUGUUCCCGUGUUACUCCCAGUUCAGUCCGAUGGUCUCGAAGUCUCCAGAUGCCCACUCAGAUCUUUGAUUACAGUUCAUAAACAUGCCACCACACAUCCGACAGCUGUGUUAAUAAAUAGUGUCACAAUUUUGGUUUACACCACAUUUCACUAAACAGAACAUUUGUUCUGAUAUGGUGGAGGUUUGAUGUCUAUGCUGGAGACAAACUGGGAACGGAUGAAACCAACAAAGGGACAACUGGGAUGAACUUUGUUUGGUAGCUGUGAGAAGAAUGAAAUAAAAAGUAAUAUCUUUGUC